GUCCGUCCGUCACGCCGUCUGUCUGGCCCACAGGCGCGCCAUGGCUGUGCCUCGCACGCUGGGGGAGCUGCAGCUGUACCGGGUGCUGCAGCGUGCCAACCUGCUGGGCUACUACGAGACCUUCAUCCAGCAAGGAGGGGACGACGUGCAGCAGCUGUGCGAGGCGGGCGAGGAGGAGUUCCUGGAGAUCAUGGCGCUGGUGGGCAUGGCCACCAAACCGCUGCACGUCCGCCGCCUGCAGAAGGCACUGCGAGAGUGGGCGUCCAACCCGGGGCUCUUCAGCCAGCCGGUGCCGGCCGUGCCCGUCAGCAGCAUCCCUCUCUUCAAGCUGUCCGACGGGAGCGGGCGCAAAUCGCUCAGCAACGGGCACGCCAGCCCCGGCGAGGCUGCGGGGAAAGGGGGGGGAAGCGCGGGGACGCCCCCCGCUCGCAGCCCCACGGAACCCCCAGAGAAGCUGUCGCCGUCGGGGGCGCCUCCGUGGCCGGGUAGGAGCACCCCCGAAUCGGAGGGCGGUGGGGAUGAGGAGCCGGGUGCUCCCCCCUUCUCCCCCGGGGGCGCCGAGCAGCCGUCGAGCGGCGACGUGUUGGAGCCGGAGUUGGUGCGGACGGUGGCGGAGAGCGUCGAGCGGCUGCUCCAGAGCUGCCCCCGCGGGGGGGACGCGGAGCUGCGGGCUCUGCUGAAGCUCAAUAAGAAGUUGGCGAAAGCCGUCGGGCACAUCUUCCAGCUGGAAGACGGCGACCGGCAGAAGGAAGAGGAGAUCCGGCGGCACAGCGCGAUCUACGGCCGCGGUGAUGCGCGGCGCCGGGAGGGCAAACAGCUGACGCUGCACGAGCUCAUCAUCAACGAGGCGGCCGCGCAGUUUUGCCUGCGGGACAAUUCGCUGCUGCUGCGGCGCGUUGAGCUCUUCUCGCUGUCGCGACAGGUCGCGAGGGAGAGCACCUACCUGUCCUCGCUCAAGGUGUCCAGGGCGCAGCCCGAGGACGGCGGGGCCAGCGCGCCCAAGCGGCUCAAACAGGAGGUGGGGGAGCAGAGCCGCAGCGAGCCCCCCCCGCUGGGAUCGGACCUCCACGCACCCCCAUACCGAGUCGGCAACGAGGAGGAUGCGGGGGGAGCGGCCGGAGAGAGCGUGGACGGCCACGCGCAGGCGGCGGGGCUCUGUCCCCGGCUGACCCCUCCGCCCGGCGCUGCCCCCGAUGCGCCCCUCUCGCUCCCCCCGCACGGGCUUUGGAGCCGGCACGUUCUGCAGCAGACGCUCAUGGAUGAGGGGCUGCGCUUGGCUCGAUUGGUCUCCCACGAACGCGUGGGGCGGCUCAGCCCCUGCCUGCCUGGGAAACCCCCAGAGUUCGAGGACGGAUUGGCGGAGCGCGGCCACCCGGCCCCCCCAGACCCCCCGCGCGGCACCAUCAAGGUGGAGCAGGAAAACAGCCGGCAGUGAAGCCCCGCGCCCCUCACCUUUCCCCCUCUCCCCCCCCCACGACUAACGAAGCAA